AUGUCGCUGUCGGUCGACCCCAUGGUGCCGGCGGCGAUGCGGCCGGGCGAAGACGUGUUCACGGCCAACCUGGCGUCGGCGAUCACGGCCAAGAGCCAGCUCAAGUCCUCCGGGUCCCCUUCCAAAGACCCGCUCUCGUCCUCCGGAGGCGCCGAUGCCGUGCGCCGGCCUUCCAACGCUCUCCCCUCGCGCUUUGGCAUCUCCCUCGUCGUCCCGUCAGGCUCGCAGGUGGAUCUGAAAUGUGGUGUGGGCGACACAGCAGCCGACUUCAUCCGCUCCAACUUUAACAAGAUGAAGUUUAUGCUGGGCGCGACAGCGAAUGCAGCCCACUAUGUGCUGCAAACGCCCGACGGAGAGACACUCGCCUCGGAUGCGCUGGUCGCGAGCAGUGCCUACGUGGAGCAGUGCGUGCUGGGCAAAUCGCAGCCCUCACUCUUCCUCAAGCCCCGAGAGCGCGGCCCUGCUCCGCUGCCGCCCAUGCGGCCGUAUGCCAUGACCACCUCGUCGGCGCCCGCCUCUCCCUCUUCCCUCUCCACCUCCCCGCGGCGACUGCCCUUCAGCUACAUACCCACCGCGACACCGCCGCCGAGCGUGGCGGCCCUAUCCAUGGCCAGUCCGUCGUCGUCGCUCGAAUUGUCGCCGCCCUCAUCGCCCUCGUCAUCGCUGUCCUCGACACCGCGCACGUCCAACGCCCACUCGCCCUUUUCCCUCUCGCCGGCCACCUCCUUCGUGGCGCACACUCAGUCGGGCGAUGAGAUCCCGACCUCGCCCCUCGCCACCACGUCCGGGCGUGCUACGUCAUCCGAUCUCUCUUCGUCGCCGCCGGUCAUCGACAUCGAUGUCCACGAGGACGAGCCGUUUGACCUGCAGGUGCUGCUGGCGGGGGCGGUGACAACGAUCGUGGAAUGCAAGCCGACCGACACUGCAGGCAACGUGCUCACGCGUCUGGACAUUCCCGACUCCCGCCUGCAUUGCUACAGUCUGGCCACUCCUGCCUCAAACGCCCUCGAUGGCGCUCUCGUGCUGUCCAAGCUCGAGUACAUUCGCGAGUGCAGAAGGCACUACAUCCUCCCCCAGCUACGGGUGGUCGAGGACACACCGAGCCUGAGCAAAGAGGAAAAGAAAGAAAACAAAGACAUUGGCGGAUUGAUCGGGCAGAAGCUGUGUUGGACCAAUGUAGAGGAUGAGAUUUCAGCGUUCCGCAAGACCAUGGCCAGAGUGAGGAAAGAAGUGGUGCUGGCCGAAGAACUGCGAGGAUUGGACGACGGGGAGCUCAACAUCCGAUUGUCCGGCGCGCCCAAUCCCACUGUCGAUCGCCUGCUCAUCCGGGUCGUGCUGCCGCUCGAGAAGAAGAGCACCAACCUGCUCGUCACCAACGAUAGGGGAAUGGAGACUGCGGAUUCCUUCCUGCAGCGACUGCUUCAGCUGCCCCUGUUCUCGACCUCCGGCUUCUACCACGCCCAGACGCACCCGCACCUCCUGCUACGAGCCAAGGGCAGGCUGGAACACAUCGUGGGCAAGUACCCGUUGCUGGCCUUUGGUAUGGAAUGCGUGGAAAGUAAGCGUUGGCCGAAGCUGGUGCUGCUCAAGCGAUCGGAGGACUACAUCGCGCUGGCCAAACCCAAACAAGACGACGCUUCCGCAUCAUCGUCGUCAACCACCACUGCCGGGUGGACCUCCGCCCGCGUCCCGCGCACCCCACGAGUGCGUGCGACACCAUUUUCGCCGCGCUUGGGAGGAGCCAGCGAGGGGACGAGAGACGUCGGCGAGUCGGAGACAGGGCCGACAGCGAUACAAGAGGUGAAGGCGGGCGAAGCGACGGAGUGGGAGGAGAAUUGCGAGGGAGACCAGGUCGACGAUGAAGAGGAGGCCCUCGCGCCGCGCUAUGACCACGCUCUCAUGGCCGGCGAGCUGGUGAGGUGGGACCAAAAGUCGCACAUCUCCCUGUGGGAGCUGGAGAACCGGCCAUUUCGAAUCAAAGUGAUGGGCGUGGAGAGGACCAACGAAUUGGGCUGUCCCUCGUGGAGGAAGUUCUCCCCCGAUCUCGCUCCGGACGACGUCAUCGGCUCUCUUUACGUCCACGUCGGGGUGUACUACGGAGGACAGCUGCUGGUGAAGGACGCGGUCACAAAGCCCGUGCCGUGUUCUGCCAACCCGCGCUGGGGGCAGUGGCUCACGUUCGACGAUCUACUCUUCUCGAAUGAAUCGCGCGUUUGCUGCACCCUCUAUGCGAAAACGGCCAGAGACACGGACGCAAUUCCGCUUGCUUGGGCCAACUUCAACAUCUUCGACUACAAGCACGAACUACGGUCCGGCUUGCACACCCUCUCCAUGUGGCCGGACGGACCGGCCAACCCGAUCGGCACAUGCGUGGGUAAUGCGGGCUUUGCGCACGCCACGCAGCUCGCACUCGAGCUCGACUCCUUUCCCCUCCCCGUCGUCUUUCCCACCGAUGGCACGACGGGCAAGACGAAGGGACCCAACCGCAAUUCUUGCCUGGUGCUGGGCGGCGGAGAGGAAGAACUGGAGCUGGUGGAAGAGGUGGAGAAGAUACUCGCCAUGGACUCUCUUCACCGGCUGACCCCGACCCAAAAGAAGAUCGUCAACACGCUGCGCGGCUACUGUCUGGCGCGGCCCAACGCCUUGCCGAAGUUUUUGCAGGCCGUCAACUAUGCCGACCACAUAUCUGUCCAGGAGAUGCACUCGUUGCUGGGCUUCUUCAGACAGCCAACGGCAGUCGAGGCCCUGGAGCUUCUCGACUCCAAGUUCCCCGAUGCUAAGGUGCGAGAUCAUGCGGUCGAAUGUCUGGAGGCCUUGUCCCACGAUGAGCUGCUCGACUACCUCCUCCAGUUGGUGCAGGUCAUCAAGUAUGAAGCCUAUCAUGACUCUGGCAAUGCGUUCUAUUGGUACCUGCGAUCGGAGGUGCACGCGCCGGAGAUCUCGGAGCGGUACAGCCUCAUCCUCGAGGCCUACCUCCGCGGCUCGCCGUCCCACCGUCGUCGGCUGCAUCGACAGAACCAAGCCCUCAACGCCAUCUACCACGUCGGAACUAAAAUCAAGGGCUUGAACUCCAUUCAACAUUCAUCUCGUCUGUCCCAGGACGAAGCGAUCAAGACGGAAGAGGAGCGGGCCGAGGUGCUGAGCGCCGCACUGGCGGUGAUCAAGCUGCCCUCCACCUUUGGGCUGCCGCUGCGGGCGGACAUGGAGGUGGCAGAUCUCCUCACAGACAAGUGCAAGUUCAUGGACUCCAAGAAGCGGCCGCUGUGGCUCGUCUUUGAGAACGCCCAACCCGCGCGACCGCCCAUCUACACCAUUUUCAAGUGUGGCGACGAUCUCCGUCAGGACAUGUUGACGCUGCAGAUGCUUCGAAUCAUGGACAAGAUGUGGAAAAACGAGGGCUACGAUCUGUGUGUGACGCCCUAUGGCUGCAUUGCCACCGGGGCGGACAUGGGUUUCAUUGAGAACUCGGCAACCACGGCUGCAGUCGCCAAGGAGUCGGGCUACGGGGCCAGAGGCGCCUUCAAGGAGGACCCGCUCAAGAACUGGCUGCUCAAGCACAACCCCACCAAAGAACAGUGGGACGCGGCGCUGAGAAACUUCAUCCGAUCUUGUGCGGCGUACUGCGUGGCCACCUAUGUGCUGGGGAUUGGCGAUCGACACAACGACAACGUGAUGGUGACCAAGGACGGCCGACUGUUCCACAUCGACUUCGGCCAUUUCCUGGGGAACUUCAAAAAGAAAUUCGGCUUCAAGCGGGAACGCGCUCCGUUCGUGCUGACCCCGGACCACGCCUUCGUGAUGGGCGGUCGCGGCAGCGAAGGAUUCACACUCUUCAUUACAACUGCUUGCCGCGCCUACAACAUCCUUCGCAAGCACGCCAUGGGAACGAGCCUGCUAAACUUGACCGUAUUCCUCCUCGAGCAGACGGGCAUUCCAGAGCUGAAGAGCGCAGAGGACCUGGAGUACCUGCGCUACGCCUUCGCAACCGAUCUUGACGACAAUGCAGCCGCAGCCCGCUUUACCGAGCUCAUACACGCCGCCCUCGACUGCUGGACCACACGCUUCAACAACGCCAUCCACCUCAUCGCGCACGGCGGCAAGGGCUGA